UUAGAUUUUCUAUAAUUUCUUUAUGUUUGUGAUUACAGUUGUGAAAUUAGCAGAAAGGUAUCAUAAAGAAGAAGGUUUUGUAAUACCAAAGAAUAUGGUUUGGAUGCACUAUUUUCUUAAAGAAAAUUACAAUAAAGCAGAAGAAAUUUUACAGUCAUGUCCUGAGAUGAUGGAAAAACUACUUUUUUCUAACAUAUUGGAUAAGGUUAGAGAUAAUGAAGACGAAACUAUGGGAAGGAAACUUGUUGAAGUAGUUAAAUCAACAGCAACUUCCCAAAUGACUAAAGGAGCUGCUUUUAGUGGCUUGAUGAAUGCAUUCAUUCAAGGUAAACAGUUUGACAAAGCCAUUGAAGUUCUCAAAGAAGGUCAAGAAUUGGGUUUGGAACUGACAAAUUUCUUCUACAGUACACUUUACAAUCUUUAUACUGGUCUCCGUUCAAUAGAUAAAACGGUUCCAUUUGAACUUCCUCCUAAGCCUCAGAGAAGAGGACGAAAAGAAGCAUCCAUUCCAACAGAAGAGGAAGCAGAAGGAGCCAGAGAAUAUGUGAAUUGAGAUAAAGAAGAUUAAUUUCAAUAUUUAAAUAUCAAUAGCUAAAUUGCAUUUAGAUUUGUACAGUUCUUGUUUCAAUAAAAACUCAUGUCUCUUU